CACGAGCAUACCCUCCAAUGACCAUCAAGGACCCUCCAGAUGUCAGGAGGCGCUGUUGAGUUGAAGACAUGAACGCGCCCGACGUCGAAGAAGAGCCGCUCUGCAGCCAUUGCUCUUUCUCAUGUGUCAAUCAAUAAACAAUCUUUAAUUCUAAUACCUAAUUUUAAUUUCAUUUAUUCGAGAAUCCAGCAGAAGUGUGUGUGAAGACUUAAAAUCGCCAUCAUGCCGCGGAUUAUGAUUAAAGGAGGCGUGUGGAGAAACACUGAGGAUGAGAUUCUCAAAGCAGCUGUGAUGAAAUAUGGCAAAAAUCAGUGGUCUCGAAUCGCCUCUCUGCUGCACCGCAAAUCAGCCAAACAGUGUAAAGCCAGAUGGUAUGAGUGGCUGGACCCCAGCAUUAAGAAAACAGAAUGGUCUCGUGAGGAAGAGGAGAAGCUUCUUCAUCUGGCCAAGCUGAUGCCCACUCAAUGGAGAACAAUCGCCCCCAUCAUCGGACGAACGGCCGCUCAGUGCCUGGAGCAUUAUGAAUAUCUGCUUGAUAAAGCCGCCCAGAGAGAGAAUGAAGAUGACGUGGGUGAUGACCCUCGCAAGCUAAAACCGGGGGAGAUUGACCCAAACCCUGAGACCAAACCAGCCAGACCUGACCCUGUGGACAUGGAUGAAGAUGAGUUGGAGAUGCUGUCUGAAGCCAGGGCUCGAUUGGCCAACACACAAGGCAAGAAGGCAAAGCGAAAAGCCAGAGAGAAACAACUGGACGAAGCUCGUCGUCUGGCUGCACUUCAAAAGCGCAGGGAGCUGCGAGCUGCGGGCAUCGACAUCCAGAAGAAACGCAAGAAGAAAAGAGGUGUCGACUACAAUGCUGAGAUCCCCUUUCAGAAGAAACCCGCACAGGGCUUCUAUGAUACGUCCAUGGAGCAGUAUGAUCCUCUGGAACCCGACUUCAAACGACUACGCCAGCAGCAUCUGGAUGGAGAACUCCGAAAUGAGAAAGAGGAUCAUGAACGUAAGAAAGAUCGACAGAAGAUCAAGAAGAAGAAGGAGUCAGAUCUACCCUCAGCGAUUCUACAGACCAGCGGAGUGUCUGAGUUCACGAAGAAGAGAAGCAAACUGGUGCUGCCGGCACCACAGAUCUCUGAUGCUGAACUGGAGGAGGUGGUGAAACUGGCAGGUCAGGCCAGUGAAGUCGCCCGUCAGACCGCUGAGGAGUCUGGAAUCACAAACUCCGCCUCCAGCGCUCUUCUGUCGGAGUACAAUGUGACCAAUAACUCCAUGGCCCUCCGCACACCCAAAACACCCGCUGCACAGGACAAGAUCCUCCAGGAAGCUCAGAACCUGAUGGCACUUACGAACGUGGACACCCCUCUGAAAGGAGGACUCAACACCCCCCUCCACGAGAGCGAUUUCUCAGGUGUUACCCCACAGAGACAGGUGGUGCAGACCCCCAACACUGUGCUGUCUACACCCUUCAGAACUCCCAGUCAUGGAGCAGAUGGUAUGACCCCUCACAGUGGAAUGACACCCAAACCCUCAGUGGGUGUGACUCCUGGCAGGACCCCGCUGCGGGACAAACUCAACAUCAACACAGAGGAGGGUGGCGUGGAUUACAGUGACCCAUCAUAUGCUAAACACUUGCAAAGAGAGUCCCGUGAGCACCUCCGACAGGGGCUGAUAUCUUUGCCAUUGCCCAAGAAUGAUUUUGAGAUCGUUCUUCCUGAAAACGCAGAGAAGGAACUGGAAGAAGCAGAGGUUGACGAGAGUUUUGUGGAAGACGCUGCUGAGAUAGAUCUACAAAAACAGGCAAUCAGAGAUGCCGAGAGAGAAAAAGAGCUGCGUCAGAGACACACGGCAGUUCAGAGAGAUUUACCAAGACCUUCAGAGGUAAAUGAGACGAUCCUGCGGCCUCAUAAUGUGGAGCCUCCUCUAACAGACCUACAGCAGGCCGAAGAGAUGAUCAAGAAAGAGAUGAUCACCAUGAUUCAUUACGACUGUCUGCAUCACCCCAUCCCUGACGCUCAGGCCAAGAAGAUUAAAGGAGUAGGAUCCAGCUCCAACAACGCUGAACACGUCGCAUAUCUGGAGAAAACACCCUACAACAAGAUCACAGAGGAGGAGCUUAGAAAGGCUGGAGAGCUGCUGGGACAGGAGAUGGAGGUCGUGAAACAUGGAAUGGGACAUGGAGAUCUUUCUAUGGAGGCUUAUAACCAGGUGUGGGAGGAGUGUUACAGUCAGGUCCUGUUCCUGUCUGGUCAGAGCCGCUACACCCGUGCCAAUCUGGCAAGCAAGAAGGACAGGAUCGAAUCCCUGGAGAAGAAACUGGAGAUCAACCGGGGUCACAUGACCACAGAGGCCAAACGAGCAGCUAAGAUGGAGAAGAAGAUGAAGAUUCUGCUGGGCGGGUAUCAGUCUCGGGCCAUGGGUCUGCUCAAACAGCUUGGUGAACUUUGGGAUCAAGUGGAACAGGCUAAUGUGGAGCUCCACACCUUCCAGGAGCUCAAGAAACAGGAAGAUCACGCCAUUCCACGCAGACAGGAGGCACUGAGAGAGGACGUUCAGAGACAACAGGACAGAGAGAAGGAGCUCCAGCAGAGAUUUGCAGACCUGCUACUGGACAAACAAACACUUUCACCGAAGUUUUAAACGAAACGUUCAUCAAAAACAUAUUUGCAUUUCCUGUAGUCAGUACAAUAGUUGUCUGUGCUUUUCCUUGACAAAACAAAUCUAGUCUUUCAGUACAACUUUACUGUGUGAAUACUUGCAGCUCUGAUGAACUGCUUCAUGUUGAUGAGUUUCAUAAGGACCACAGGGAUGUCUAAUUUCACAUAUCUGUGCUUUAUUGAGGUAAAACCUCAUGUAAAUAUCAUCUGUUUUGCAGUGUUUAGGUUUCUGCAGAGGAUAACAUCUUGUGCCAUUUCAGGUAUUAAUAAUGGCGUCAGGAGAAUAGUUGAUUUGAGUAGAUGUGUGGCAUUGUGUAAAGUCAGAUACAGUGGAACGCUUGUUUAAACUGUUACAUUUGAGUUGUGAUUAAAAACAGGUCUUCCUGGAAACGACACGAUGCUAUCAAAUGUCUCCAAGUAUUGUCUGAAUGCCAUUGUUUUUCAUACAUUUUUAAUAAAUGUUGAGCAAAGUAGAAAGCAGAGUAUUGUUUUACUGGUUCAGUGCAAUAUUCAUAUUUUCAACAAUCUUUACUUCUACAAACCACAUUAUAGCUGGAGCAAAUGUGCUGGCGUUUAUGUUCUCUGUAUUAUUUUUAGAUGUUUGAAGUUGGUUGUGGCAAUUGGGUAUUCAGAGUAAAACAGCACUUCUGAUCACCUACAGGUUGCUGAGAAAUCCCCUUACAUUUCAGCAUUAUAGACAAAAUACACACAGAUGAACCUGGAGGUGUUAGUGAUGAAUGCUAGUAACCUGUUUGCUAGUUCAAUCCCCAAAAGACCUGAAACACUUAAGUGAACUCAAGCACAGCUAUGCACAUUCGAUUACAUGUAGUUGCGUUCUGAAUUGUGUCUGAAUGCAAUUCAUAAUGCAACCCAAAUAUGGGCGCAUUCUGAACAUUCCUUCAAGGGGAUUUAAAGACCUUAGAGUAACGCAAUAUUUAUGUUGAGUGUAAUGGAAUAGACUUACAAUGUCUUCAAAGGCAUGCACUGUAUAAAGCUACUAGAUUGCAUCUAAUUUUCACAACUCUCUUCGGCUGCGUGAGUUGAACGCGGUUCAUAUCAGCAGUUACAGAAAUACUCAAACCGGCCCGUCUGGCACCAACAAUCAUACCAUGGUCCAAAUCACUGAGAUCAAUUAUUUUCCCCAUUCUGAUGGUUGAUGUGAACAUUAACUGAAGCUCCUGACCUGUAUCUGCAUGAUUUUAUGCACUGCUGCCACACGAUUGGCUGAUUAGAUAAUCACAUUGUUGGUGCCAGACGGGGAUUCUUCUGGGAAGAAUCUGAGAAGAAUAUCAUCUUUGAAUGCUGUUCUGAGAUGUGGGUUGGUGCUGUUUUGUUGACACAAGGGGGACCUACACAAUAUUAGGCAGGUGGUUUUAAUGUUGUAGCUGAUUGGUGUAUAAACACUGAGCCUCCCGUCACCAUCAAAACAUUGAUGUUAAUAUUUUGAGCAGCCCGCUCAGCUCCACCCAUCCCUUUCUAGCGCAGCCUAUAAUGUGAGUUUGGUGCAUGCCUAAAUGAACUAGCCAUUCAGCCGGGAGAAUAUGAACAACCAUGGCAGACUUGUACAGAGGAAAAUAAAUGUAGCUUCGUCUUCAGAUGUUAAAGCCAAAACUUAAAGACUUGUUUAAAGACACAGAAUGGAGUAAAACGAUUGAAAAAAUUUACCAGUGCUGAAGAAGUAAUC